UGGCGGCGGCGGCCGCUCACCUCAGCAUUUCGCCACUGGACACCCUGCCGACCACCACCAUGCAGCCUCGGCUCGCCGCACUGCUGCUCUGCCUCCUGGGUGCCAUCGCGGCGAAUGUGGACAGCGGCUCCUUCGUGAUCUUCAACCAGAACCACAGCAAGUGCGUGAAGGUGCUUCACGCCUCGUCCGUCACCCUGUCAAGCUGCGCGCCGCACGCCAAGGACCAGCAGUUCCGCUGGGCCUCGGAGGGCCGCCUGCUCAGCCUGUCCGUCAACCUGUGCCUGGGCGCGGUGGAGAUCAAGGACUGGGUCAAGGUCCUGUUGUUCGAGUGCGACGAGGCCAGCAAGCUGCAGCACUGGCAGUGCAAAAACGAUACCCUGUUCGGACUCAAGGACCGCGACCUGCACCUCAACUGGGGGAACCACAACGAGAAGAACUUGAUGAUCUACAAGGGCUCGGGAACGUGGAGCCGAUGGAAGAUCUACGGAACGCACUUGGACCUGUGCUCCAAGGGCUAUCAAGAGAUUUUCACUAUCGGGGGCAACUCCUUUGGCACCCCGUGCCUGUUCCCGUUCAAAUUCGGCGAGCAGUGGUACUCUGAGUGCACCAAGGCAGGCCGCACCGACGGGCAGCUGUGGUGCGCCACCAAACCCAACUACAACAGCGAGAAGAAGUGGGGCUUCUGUCCCACCAAAGUGUCGUCGGGCUGGGACACGGACCCGGUGACCGGGGUUCAGUACCAGCGCAACGUUCAGGCCGUGCUGACUUGGCACCAGGCCCGGAAGAGCUGCCAGCAACAGGGUGCCGAUCUCCUCAGCAUCGUGGAGCUCCACGAGCAGUCCUACAUUUCAGGACUGACCAGCACCUUGGGAAACGCCCUGUGGAUCGGACUCAACAGUUUGGACUAUGAGGCGGGAUGGCAGUGGAGCAACGGGAACCCCUUCCGAUAUUUAAACUGGGCACCAGGUCAUCCCUCCUCCGAUCCUGGCAUGAACUGCGCCACCUUAAAUGCCGGCAAGGCCUCCAAAUGGGAGACCAGCACCUGCACCAAGAAGCUGGGAUACAUUUGCCGCAAAGGGAACUCCAGCAGUCUUCCUACGCUGCCCAUCAACGAGCCCAGCUUCUGCCCCAACCACUGGGUCCCUUACGGCGGCAACUGUUACUUCCUCGAGAGGAGCAAGAAAAUGUGGAAGGACGCUUUGACCGCCUGCCGCAGGGAUGACGCCGAUCUGGCCAGCAUUCACAACAUCGAAGAGCAGAGUUUCAUCAUCGCCCAGUCCGGAUACUUGACAACGGAUGUCCUAUGGAUCGGCCUGAACGACCAGAGGAGCCAGAUGUUGUUCGAGUGGUCCGACCGCUCGCAAGUCACCUUCACCCAGUGGAUGACGGACGAGCCCACCCACGCCACCAACCUCCGGGAGGACUGCGUACUCAUCCGGGGAAAGGACGGCAGAUGGGCCGACCACAUGUGCGAGAAGGCGUACGGAUACAUUUGUAAGAAGAAAGCCUCCUCUAAAGCGGCGGAAGGAACCCACCAGGAAAGCAAUCUGGGAUGCAAGCUUGGCUCACUCAGGUACGGCUCCUAUUGCUACACCAUUGGAGCUGAGAAGAAAACCUUUGAUGAGGCAAAGCAGGCGUGCUCGCAGGAUGGAGGAAACCUCGUGGAUGUGGCCGACAGGUACGAGAACGCCUUCCUGACCAGCCUGGUGGGCCUCAGGCCGGAGAAAUAUUUCUGGACGGGAUUCUCCAAAGCAGAAGAAAAGCAUACCUUCACUUGGACCAGCCGGCGGAAAAUCUCCUUCACUCAUUUCAACGUGGGCAUGCCAGACCGUAAAGCGGGCUGCGUGGCCUUGGCGACAGGGAUGUCCGCCGGCCUCUGGGACGUGGUUAGCUGCGGCAGCAAGGAGAAGUACAUCUGCAAGAAACCUGCAGAGGGCGCCCAGGUGACCACCGUGCCGCCCACCACGCCCACCCUGAGCUGCGCCUCCGGUUGGACGCCCGUGGCCAACAGGAACGUCUGCUUCAAGCUGUACAAAAAGAGCAAGGACCUGAAGAAGACUUGGCAUGAAGCAAAGGACUUCUGCCGGGGCAUCGAUGGAGACCUGAUGAGCAUACACGGAGCUCAGGACCUCAGCAACGCACAGUUUCAUUCGUCAGACCCAGCCUGGAUCGGACUCAGCUUACUCGGCACCAGUGAAGGUUUCGUCUGGACUGACGGAUCGCCCUACGGCUUUGAGAACUGGGGCUUCGGGGAGCCCAACAACUACAACGACGUCGAGCACUGCACAGAAGUUCAAUUCUAUUACGGACGACACUGGAACGACCGCCACUGCGAGGUCUACAACGACUGGAUCUGCCAGAUACGCAAAGGAGUGACUCCCAAACCCGAGCCUGUCGUCAUCAUGCCAAUGUUCAACACCACCGAGGACGGCUGGCUGGUCUACAACGACUCGCAAUACUUCAUCAACAUGGAUCCGCAGCCCAUGGAGGCUGCACGGGCUUUCUGCAAUAAGAACUUUGCUGAGCUGGCCGUCAUCACAGCGGAGAGCGAGAGGAAGUUUCUGUGGAAACAGAUUGUCAAGGGCUCAGAGGAACAGUACUACAUAGGCCUCACUGUCAAUCUUGACCACUCCUUCAGCUGGUUGGAUGAAACCCCGGUGACAUACACGGCGUGGGAACAAAAUGAGCCCAACUUUGCCAAUAAUGAUGAAAACUGCGUGACCAUGUACAAGAGCAUGGGCUACUGGAACGACAUCAACUGCGGCAUGGAGCUGCCGUCCGUAUGCAAAAGAAGCAGCAUGUUCGUCAACACCACCGUGAUGCCAACCGCCGAGCCGAAGGGAGGAUGCGCGCCCGAGUGGCUGGCAUUCCGAGGCAAGUGCUACAAGUUUGUGGGUGCCGACAAAAAAUCGUGGCAGGACGCCAGGGAGCACUGCAAAAACCAGGGAGGGAAUCUGGUGUCUGUCGUCAGCGAGCGGGAGCAAGCGUUCCUGACCACGCAGCUGCUGAGGUACAGGGAGGACCUGUGGCUCGGCAUGAACGACGUCAACUGGGAGAUGCACUUUGUGUGGACGGACGGCCGAGGCGUGUCGUACACCAACUGGGCCAAAGGGCAUCCCACAUCCAUGCCGGACGGACGCUACUCCUUCAUGGAGGAGGUUUUUGACUGUGUGAUCAUGGUGGGCAGCGUUUCUAAACAGAUGGGACUCUGGAAAGUGGAGGACUGUGGCGUAAAACGCGGCUUCAUCUGUAAAAGAAACAGCGAUUCCCAGAUCGCGGCUGCGGCCACUACAGUGUCACCCAAUACCUUCUCCAAGCUGGGCAACGACUCGUACAAGCUGUUGUCACAGAAGAUGCGCUGGGACGAGGCGCGUAGGCAGUGCCAGGCGGACGACGCCGAGCUGGCCAGUGUACUCGACCCCGUGGCACAGGGUUACGUCACGCUGCAGAUCUCCAAGUUCAACGAGCCCGUGUGGAUCGGCCUGAACAGCAAUGUGACGGGAGGUCGCUUCAAGUGGGUGGACAACUGGCUCCUGUCGUACACCAAAUGGGGCAAAGAGGAGCCCAAGAUCAACUACGGCUGCGUAUACGUGGACGUGGACGUGGACAAAACCUGGAAGACUGCCGCGUGUAGUAACACCUACUACUCGCUUUGCAAGCGCUCACCAGAAUUGGCGCCCACGGAGCCUCCUCAGCUGGCCGGAAACUGUCCAGAACCGAAGAAGAAGACAACCUGGAUCCCAUUCCGAGGUCAUUGUUACUCCUUCCUCAGUUCGUUUGUGGACAACUGGGCCCACGCCUCUGUGGAAUGUCUGAAAAUGGGUGCAUCUCUGGCAAGCAUCGAGGACCCACAGGAGAGUCUUUUCAUCCAACAAAACCUGGAACUGCUGCAGGACGGCGCCAAGAACUUCUGGAUCGGCUUAUACAAAACCCACGACGGUCAGUGGGCGUGGAUUGACAACAGCGCAAUGGACUACACCAACUGGGUGGUGGGCAUGCCAGCGACUGACUCGUGCGUGGAAGUCCAUUCUGACAGUGGGAAAUGGAGGACCAGCAACUGCAACAGAUACCGCUCUUUCAUCUGCAAAACACCCAAAGUUAUCACGCCGACAGAAAAGCCGCCCUCUAUUGCUCAUAUCAUGGAAGAGGUAUCCAAUGGCUCCGCCGGCAUCACCGUGGCCGUGGUGCUGGUGGUCCUGGCCCUGGCAGGACUGGGCGCAUUCCUGUUCUUCCGGAAAAAUAUGCCGGCCCCCUCCCUGUCGGGGGAGUCCACCUUCGUCAACAAGUUGUACUUCAAUAAUCCCAUCCGAGCUCCGGUGGACACCAAGGGCCUGGUGGGCAACAUUGAGCAGAACGAACAAGCGUAGGCGGACACCAUCGUGCACUAAUGACAAUCCCGAGAUUGUUUUCUGUUCUAGUAAUCCAUGCGAGUACUGGAACUCCACUAAAUAACACUUCAAAAGAUGUGAUUUUUUUUUUUUUUUUUUUUUUUUUUUUUAAUUAAUGUGUACAUAAGAUUUUUUACUUCGAAGAAUCAUCAACAGCUUUUUGUUUUUACAAUAGGGCUUCAAGAGUAAAGAAAAUAUAAAGAUGUUUUUGGCCUUUUGUUUUUUUCUCUACUGGCUGACAUGGUAAUUAUUUCAUCCAUUUUCUGUACCGCUUCUUGUCACUGGGGUCGCGA